CUUCAACCAGACCAUGCAGCGCGCCUGCAUGAGUGCGCUCGAGCAGCGCGACCUCUCUCUAAUCCACUAUGCCAGGCGUGGCGCCGCCUCGCUCGGGGCGCUGCAGCGGCUCGGGGCGCUCGCUCCGGCGUGGCUGCUCACCCGGCCGCCGGGCCGGCCGGUGCGGCUGCAGCUCGAGGAGCUCGCCGACACUCUCGACGGCAGCCGCGAGGCGCGCGAGUACGAGCUCCGGGCACGGCUGGUCCGCUCUGUGACCGAGGGCGCGUACAACAAGCUCCGCCCGCCGCCCGAGUCGCUGGCGGACCCGUCUGUGGAUCACGUCAUCUCGGCUCGCGACGCGGCGAGGCUGCGCGGCGGCGGCGGCAUCGAUGCCGUGCUCGUGCUUGACCCGGAGCCGGCGCUGUUGCCGCGGCACGCUCUCGCCGAGGCGAGCGCAGAGCUACGCCGUUUGGUGGCACAGCGGACGCAGGAGUCCAUCAACCCGUGCAACCGCGGGUCGUGGCACGGCUUCCUCCCGCUCGACGCCGACAAGGCGGCGCGGCAGGGGCUUGGACCCUCCACGCUCGCCCUGCUGCGCAAGCUCGGAGCGCUGCCCGCCCUCGUCUCGCGCUGCGGCUGGGGGCGGCCACUCGUGCUUCCGCCCGCGGUGCAGCUUGGCUUCUACCCGGGCGGCAGCGGGGCGCGCUACUCUCCGCACCUCGACCGCAACCCGGGCGAGGUGGGCCUCAAGCGGGAGAUCACUUUCCUGCUCUACCUCAACGUCGACUGGGACACCGACCGGCAUGGCGGCUGCCUCCGCCUCCACCCGCCCGACCGCGCGUCCGGCGCGCCCGUCGACGUGGCGCCGCUCGGCGGACGGGUCGUCGUCUUCCAGUCGGGCAAGCGGCACACACGAGCUGCUCUCCGCUGGAACGCUGCAAUGACCUCUCUCGGUGCCUCCCUCCCUAUAGGCAAGCAGCUGCACGAGGUGCUCCCUUGCGACGGCGCGGACCGGCUCGCGCUCACGCUCUGGUGCGAGUACGAGUGA